AUGUUUCUGUCUCUUCCUAUGUUGACUGUCCUUAUUCCGUUGGUCUCGUUAGCAGGGCUGUUAUACUCGGCCUCUGUGGAAGAAAACUUCCCACAGGGCUGCAUCAGCACAACCAGCCUCUGCUUUUACAGUCUGCUCUUGCCGAUUACCAUACCCGUUUACGUGUUCUUCCACCUUUGGACUUGGAUGGGUAUUAAGCUCUUCAGGCAUAAUUAAUACAACCAGAGCCAAGAUGGUAUAUCCUAAUGAUAUGCUUGAGUGUCUGCCUCUGCAACCUCAACUACAUGGAAAUACCGGACACCCACUUAAUUUGCAAGAAAGAUGCUUUGCCUAGCUUCUGUCAGAGGUUUAGGACUAGGGGAGGCUUCAGCUGCAGAGGCUUCUUUAUUGUACUUUGGUUCUGCCCUUGUUUUUUGAAGGUUCUUAUUUAUACCUGGGGUGUCAGGAGAAACAUUUCAACAAAGUGUCUUGUUGGAAAUUAAUAGCCCCAGCCAUCAUCUGAUGACUUUAUUUCUUAUCCCAUUCAUAAUUAAAAGUUACUAAUUUGAAAUCUUAUAUGUUUAUUUUACAUUCAGAGUCUGGUAAAGUCACAUGCUAAGGAUGACUGAAGUAAUUCCAGAGGAGCUCUGUCGCGGUAGUUGUAGAGAAAUGCAUUUGAACUAAUGUGGUAUAAAACUGCAAUGAAAUGGAAACUUCAUGUAUUUGCCAGAAUUCUGAGUUUGUAAAAUUACCUUCAUUUCUUUGGCAUCACAUGCUUGCAUUAAUAAUAAGAAAAUAAGAUAAUUGACAUUUUCCAUAAAACAAUUUGUAGUUUUGUGGGGUUUUUAUCCCCUUUGGUCACUAGAGUGUGAUUCUAAGGAAGAAAAAAUGUAAAAUAUUCUAAAUUUUAAACUUAGAAUAUUUAGAGAGACAUAAUAGCCAAAAUAGAAUAAUUUCCCAGGAAAGUAUGUGCCUCUGGAGGUAGAGGUGGGGUUGAAAGAUUUGCAAAUGGCUAAUUGUGUCCUAUUGAGCUGAGGGCUACGUUUUGAGGCACAUUUCAGUUUAUUUUCCUGCCAUAGGAGACCUAUUUAAAUAGCACUACUAAGGGCAUGAGCAUUUUACACAUUAAUAGUUCCUGAUUUUCCAGAACUUUCAACAAGAUUGAUUAGUACAAUAACUCGGAAGUGUAACAAAUAUUUCAGUAGUUACCCUUAAGAAACUUAAGAACUGAAUAUAACCUUAACUGAUACUUAAUAGAAACUUAAAGUUGUUUAACAGAACCUUUAGAUAGUGAUUCUUCCCCUUCAAAAGACAAUUAAAACAAGAGGUUGGAUGUGUUUCCUGUUGCAUUAAUUCAAUGUAUAUACUGUAGUACAAGUCAUGUUUUAAAAACUACUCUGUGGCAAGGACAUCCCUGGUGGCACAGUGGUUAAGAAUCCGCCUGCCAAUGCAGGGGACACAGGUUCAAGCCCUGGUCUGGGAAGAUCCCACAUGCCGCGGAGCAACUAAGCCAGUGUGCCACAACUACUGAAGCCCACCCACUCUAGAACCCGUGAGCCACAACUACUGAGCCCACGUGCUGCAACUACUGAAGCCCGCGCGCCUAGAGCCUGUGCCCCACAACAAGAGAAGCCUGCGCACCG